AUGCCACCUGUGCUUAUGAAUGUAGAUUAUAUGAGAAAAAAGAAGAGAGCAUAAUCAGCAAAACCAGAAGAAACUAUAUAAAGAGUGCUUAAAUAAUUUAGUGUCAGUCCAUAGCGAUUUCGAUUUACAAAAUUUAAUCAUAAAAAAUUAGGUGUAAUACAUCCAAUUCCCAGUAAAUAAAAAAGAGCCAAAACAUAAACAUCUAUUCCUUAACCUGCAACAUAUCAAUAUGGAGAUAAAGAAUUUAUGGAAGUAUAAGGAAAAAAGUGUCCAAUUAUUGAUGUAGAACCAGAUAUCCAAUAUACUAAAAAUGACAAGAAAUAACUUGAUGAACAUUUGGUUCAACCUUUCUUUUAUGUGUAAAAAUUGUUUCCAAAGGGAGGAUAAUCAGUUUUAGAACAUGAUGAUGUAUUUGUACCAUUUCAAACACUUAAAUUAUCUAAAAGAAAAAGGAAAAUGGUUGAUGAAUAAUACAUUAAGAUAUUGAAAGAAAUGAAUAAAGAGGAAAGAUAAGAAUUUUAUACUAAAGGAAUUGUAUAACUAUUUAAUUAUAAUUAAUUAGAGAAUGAAUAUUGAAUAUGCAAUGAUAUUUAAAAGAUUUAUGAAAGGAUUGAUAAAAAAAGGAUUGUUUGAUUAGGAUUACAAAUUUUCAACUGAAAAUCCUAAAAUACAUAAAAAAGAAUUAAUAAAGAAAGCUUAUGAAAUGGGUUUGACUAUAUAAAAAUAAAAUUAACCAAAUUAAUAAAUUGAAAAUUUACCUAAUAAGAAAAGAUAAUCAAAAAAGUAAAAGCAAUAAUAUCAUUAAAUUUAUAUAUCCAAAGAAAACAUGAUGAAAUUUCUUAAAUUUUGUUAUUAUGAUGAAAACUUCUUAAAAAGUGAUAUUGAUAUUUUAUUUUUGAAUGUUAAAAUGGGAGAUUCACCUAAAGAUAUGCUUUUAGUUAAACUAGCAAAUAUGGAUUCAUUUCUAUUAGAUUUGAAUGCAUUUCUACAUAAUGCUUAAAAAUAUUUUAAACUUAAAUAUAAGAUCAAAAAUUUAUUAAGUGUUAAUGCUGCUAAAUAAAGAAAUGUUUAUAUUAAAUUUUCUCUUUAUCCUUUUCUUGGAGAAGGAUGGAAAGCUUUCAAAGUUUGCCUUAAACAUUUAGAAAAUACAGAAAAAUCAAUACUUUCUAAGACUAAACUUUAAUAAUAUAUCGAUUUGAUAUAAGAGAGAAAUACUCUAAUAAAUAUUAAAAGAGUUUGGUCAAAAAAUUUAUAAAGAACACCUUUACAAUAUAUCUUGUUAAAAUUUUAAAAGGUUAAAGAUAUAUAUGUUAAUGCUAUUAAUUAUAAUGCUGAAAGAAUUGAUUUCUUUAAUUAAUUUUAAAUAGAUUUGUUUUUAUAUAAGGAAUAAAAAGUUGACUAAAUUAAUAAUUCAAGAUUCUUUAGAAAUUAAAAUUUAUCAAGCAUAUCUUUAGAUGUAAGGACAAUUACAUUAGAUGAAGUUGUUGAAUUUUUAGUUGAGAAAUAAUUUAAUAAAGAGGAAAGUGAUUAAAUUGUUGAUAUAUUUUAGAAAAUUUUAAAAUAUUAUGGUUUAAGAAAAGCUCCAAGAAAAUCUAAAUGGCAAUUGGCUCCUGAAAUAGAACCUAAAAAAAUCUUAACAUAAUAAUAAAUUGUUGAAUAUUUAAGUUAUUAUUCUUAAAAGUAAUUUGAAGAAUGGAAAAUAUUUAAGACUUUUAUUUAAGAUUUUCAUAAAUUUCAAAUUAAGAAGAUUAAUUUACCAGAAGGACGACUUUAACAUGUACGUUAAGCUUGGGAAUGUAAUAUUAUUGGAGAAUGGUUAAUUAAAUAACUUAGAAAACUUGAUAAAUAAAUAUCAAUUCUAUUAUAUAAAAGUUUAGAAGUUUGUAAAUUAAUAGAAAAAGAAGUAGAAUUAACAGAUCUAAAUAUUUUACAAGCAAUGGAAUAAGAUGGAAAAUGUUCCUUUGAUAAAUUUGUAAAUGAAAAAACAUAAUAAAAUCUAUAAAAUAUUAUAAAAUUAGCAGAAAAACAAUAAUAAUAAUUAAAUUCAAAAUCAAUUAGUAUUGAUGAUUGGGAUGCUGAUUUAACAAAAGCUAUUUCUAAUUAUCAAGUGAUUAGUACAAAAUUAUUCUUAAAUCAACAAAAAAUCUAAGCUAAUUAAAAGGAAUCUCCAAAAUAAUAACUUGCAUAACAUGUUCAGAAAGAUUAAAUUGUUUCUGCAGCUAACUUUAUAGAUGAUAGAUCAAUAGUUCAUGAUUAGUAAUAAAUCUAAGUAUUACCCUAAACACCAUAAUAAGCUUAAUAAAGUAUCAAAAGUCCAAAAAUAGAAUAAUAAAAUUCUACAUUAUUAACUGUUCCUGCAAAAACAUUUUCAUAAAAUAAUCUGACAAAACCAGGAGUCACUCAUGAUACAAUUUCAAGAUCUAAUUUAUCCUCAAAUACUUAAUUGACUGAAGCAGAACUUGAUAUGAAAAUAUAGAAUGCUAUGAGAUUACAAAACAGAAUAUUUAGUGAAUUAGGAAAGUAAAUAUUAUAAUUUAUGUUAGUAUUAAAGAUAUCUCUUUUAGAAGUCAUAGGUGA